CUAAACCCCACAUCUCAGUAGUCGGUGCCUGAGGAUGUGCAUUGUUUUUGUUUUCCAGCACGAGUUGGCUCAGCAAUAGAUGCUCUCAUCUGCGUUGCACUCCAAAGCAGCCUUCAUUCCCUACUACCAGCAGAAGAACAAUUGUUCUGUGGUCGUCAAUACCCAUGGAAAAAAAAACACCCCGCAAGUGUCAUCUUGAGAGCAAUCAUGACCAUCUCACAUAUAUUACCUGAACUACGUAUCAAGGACGAUGCGAAGAGAUUCUACUGGGGGCUGCACAAGUACACCAAGACAGACAAUGCGAGCAUCAAAUCUGUCGAGGCCGAGACCAUGGAAUGGUGGAACUACGACGCCAGUGACGGCUUCAGUCUUCAGAACCUCUAUAAAUGGAUCCAGCAGAAGCAGACGGACCAAUACAAAGAUAUCCAAGAACUCACCGACACCCGCGAGAGGACCCUUCUUACCAUCUUGCCAGAUACCAACUUUGGAGACCGGUUCUGGCUGAUUCUGCCCGGAUUCCAGGGUCCGUCGAUUGAGGACCUGUGGGAGGAUCGAGCGCGUCUUUGA